GAAAAUAGUGCCAUAGGCAUUCAUCGAAAAAAGUAGUGUCAGAUUUUUUUUUGAAAUAAACAACAACACAAUUGCUGAAUUUAAAACUAAAUCGUAAAAUUUUUAUUGAAAAUAAAAAAAAUUCAAUCCUAAACGUCGAAUAUCUUGUGGAUUACACUAAACUCCAGAUUUGCUAUUUUUGUGUGGAAAAACGUUUUCUUCUUCUUCUCCUCCUCCAGUGUCAACUAAAACAACAACAACAACAAAAUGUCUUUGUUAACCAGCAACAGUCACUCAAUGUCAGAGGAAGAGAUUGAUGAAUAUUCCGAUGGCACUAUCAAAUUACGUAACCCAAAUAUUGAACUCAUGGAUCAGGAUAUUCUCUAUCAUUUGGCCUUGGGCAGUGAAUCUCACGAUUUGAAUGAAAUGUUCGGUGAUGUUAAGUUCGUUUGCAUGGGCGGGACACCAAAGCGUAUGGAGAACUUUGCACAUUUCAUUAUGAAUGAAAUCGGCUACAAAUUACCUGCAGGCACGAUGUUGCAGGACAUCAGCGCCUACUCGUAUCGGUAUUCGAUGUACAAAGUUGGACCAGUGCUUUGCGUCAGUCACGGCAUGGGAACGCCCUCUGUUAGCAUUCUGAUGCACGAAAUGAUCAAACUGAUGUAUCAUGCCAAGUGCCAAGACCCGAUCUUCAUACGUAUUGGCACUUGUGGUGGCAUUGGUGUAGAGGGUGGCACUGUCAUCAUCACCGAGGAUGCGCUGGACGGUCAAUUGAGGAAUUCUCAUGAAUUUACCAUUUUGGGUAAAGUCGUUCAUCGCCCCGCCAAAUUGGACAAGAAGUUGGCUCGUGAACUUAAGGCCUUGGCCAGUCCCGAUGAUCCCUAUGAUACCAUAAUUGGCAAGACAUUGUGCACCAAUGAUUUCUAUGAAGGUCAAGGCCGUUUGGACGGCGCAUUCUGUGAUUUUUCCGAAGCCGAUAAAAUGGAAUAUUUACAAAAACUCGCCGACAAUGGUGUCGUCAAUAUUGAAAUGGAGAGUACCAUUUUUGCUGCCCUUACAUAUCAUGCUGGCAUCAAGGCUGCCGUUGUCUGUGUGGCCUUGCUGAAUCGUCUCAACGGUGAUCAGGUAAAUUCCCCCAAAGAAGUAAUGAAUGAAUGGCAGGCACGGCCACAAAUUCUUGUAGCGCGAUAUAUACGCAAAGUAUUAGCCCAAAAGGGUCAACUGAAGAGUCUAUUCAAUGCUCAAGGAUCGAUUAAGUCACCCAGACGUUUUAAGCUGGUACAACAGGAAUCGCAGGCCCACGAAUAGAGGAGAUGGCAAACAGGCAGACAUACUCACCAUAUAUAUACACUAAAACUACAACUUUAUAUAUUUAUUUUAAUCUCUAAAACUAUAAAUACCUAGGCAUAUACAUACCUAGUGUUAUAUAAAUAUAUAAAAAAAUAUGUGUAAAAUUUGCAAACUUUUUUCUAAUGUAGUUAAAUUAUUCACUUACAUACAGACAUGUGUACUUAUUAUAAAAAACACAAAAACUCUAAAAAAUAUGUAUAUUUGUAUACAUAUAUGUGUGAACUAUGAAGACCGGCAAGGCGAAAUAUGAUUGAAGGACAUAAACAUGGAAACCUACACAUACACACACACAGGCAUAUAUAAAUAGAAACAACCAAAAAAUAUUCUUUUGUAGACCUAAGUAUGUUGAAUUAUAUCUUCAAACUGAUGAGACAUCUAGAGAUCUAUCUAUACAUAAAUACCUACAAACAAAUAAAAAAAAAUUAUAUGCAUAUACAAACGUACAUAUAUAUACCUACAUAUAAAUAGUUUUAUCUUUACUCUUAACAAGAAAAAUGAAAACAAAUCUAUUCUGGAAACCACCAGAAAUUUAAAAAAAAUAAGAUGAAAAUUAACUAACACCCACACAUUAUGAUAUGUAAAAUAUGAAAAAAGAAAUUAUUUAUUGAAAAACAAAAAAUAAAAAAAAAUCGCAUUUACACCCAUUUUCACAAGGCUCUCGUCACAAUGGAUGGCUGAAAUCCAAUACCCCAGCAAUGAUGGCUGAUAGAGAGAAUGUUCUCAUUUCAAAGGCGCAGGAAAGAGGAUUUACGAAAUAAAAUUCAAGUUUUUUUAGGCGAAAUGGACUAAAAUGAAUAGACCAAAAAAUUAAAAAUGAACCAAUGAAUCUUUCC